AAACCCUGGCCGACCGAUCGGAUCGGAGGGCUAUUUAUUUAAGCCACACCACUCCUAAUCAGUCACCCUCGUUCUCUCUCUUCUCUCUCUCUCUCUCUCGCGCGACGCAAGCCGACCGGAUAACCUCUCUCGCUCUCUCUCUCUCUCUGCGGUGAGAAGAUGGCUUCGAAGAAGAUGAUCCACAUGGUUAAGGAUGGCAACGAUAACAGGAUCUCGAAGAAGAUGAUCCUCCUAGGGCUUCGAAGCAGAACAUCGAAGCAGAACAGGAUCUCGAAGGAGGAGAGUCUUAGGGCUUCGAAGCGGAUCUCGAAGGAGAGUCUUGGGGCGGCUUCGGCUUCGGCUUCGAAGAAGAUCUCGAAGCAGCGGCUGAGGGCGGCUUUGAAGCGGAAGAGGAUCUCGGAGGAGGAGAGUCUUAGGGCUUCGAAGCGGAUCUCGAAGGAGAGUCUUGGGGCGGCUUCGGCUUCGGAGGCGAGCAAGCAUGUCCCGAAGCAACGCUUUUUCUAUUGGGUCCCUGGAUCAACCGUAAGCCCCGCUACCUGCCCCCAUCCUUUGACUACCCGCGGAAUCUGCGAAUGUUGUUGGAAACUCCUUCCGAGCGUUUGUCCUUUGCCACCCGACCUCAUGCUAGAGCUCUUGGACCCGCCUCUGUUCGACUGAAGUUUCCUUUUCAGGGAAGAGCUUCAACCGAAGAUGUUUUUUGGUUUUGGCCUGGACCGGGGAAAUCUUUAUCGAGUCCAGGGGCACCUCUGAAGUUUUUUCAUAUGUUUAAAAGUCCCGUAUUGUGAAAUAGCUCUGUCAAUAUCGAUCAAAACUUGUGAAAUUUGAACCGUAUGGAUCCUGAUGUUCUAGGCUUUCUCUGAAAUAACUUGGGGUGACCGUUGCGUUCUUCAUUUCGCAAUAGGAAAUGCCUGCCUUUUGGUUUGUCAUA